GUCGCCACGCACAACCUCGUCGAGGCCCUGCGCUUGGGUGCUCAGCCGCUGGUGCGCGCGGCCUUGAAACACGGCAGCACUAUCCUGGAUCCCCUGUUGGUGGAGGAAGGAGAGCAGUUCCUGAAGCAGAAGGAGUUGCUAGCCCAACUGCAGCGCUGCAGCCAGCGCGGGGAUGCAUCACGUCUCGAGGCGGCCUUGUCGCAGGCAGCCUCCCUUGGCUUCGAUCCGGCGCACCCAGCUGUCGAGCACUUCCAAGGGAAGCUCCACGGUCUCCGUGCCAAAGAGCAGGAGACCCAGGAGAAACUCAGCGCCAUCAAGCUGCAGACGAUUUCUUUCGAUGCCCUGAAGUGCCAGAAGGACGGGAAGUGGGCCACCAUGACCGGCUGCACGCAGAUCUCCCGGGAAGGACGCCAGGUGAUCCGUGAGGUCGCCCGGUGUCUCAAGGAGUAUCCAGGUUUGGCCAUUCGCGUAGAAGGCCACAGCAACGAUCGGAAUCCGCAGAGGGCCAAAGUCGUGUCGCAGGCACGGGCAGAUGCCGUGAAGGCUGCACUGCAGGAGGCUGGCUGCACAAACUGGAUGGUGUCGCAUGGCUGGGGUCUGGCCCACUCACUCCGGAAGAAGAUGGUUCGCAUCCUCCCGUCUGUUGACCUGGAGCGGCUCCCCACUGAGUCGGCCUUGACAAACAGUUAA